CUUCGAAUCUACACCGCCACAAUCAACAAUAACAUCUUUUUUCUCUUCUCUAUCCACGCAUUCAUCUUCUCCCUUCCUCUGCACGCGUUCCUCUGAUCCAUAAAACCUCAACACCUCGUUUCUUUUCAUUUUUCAAAUCUCUUCUCCCGCGUCAUUUCGCCAUGUAUGUUUCUUCGCAUCUCUUUACCAUCUCUUAAAUCUGCAAAUCCUCUUUCACAAAACAACAAAAAUACAUCGAUUGGACAUUUUUCCUGCAAAAAAAUGAACCUGUCUUUGCGUUUGUUGUCUUCUGAGCUCACAUGUCCUACAAGUGAAGCAAUGCAAUACAAAAAUGUGAAUUUUCUUUUGUCCAAACCAUCAGCAAGGGUUUCUUGUUUCAUCAAUAAAGAUGUAUGUAACCGCGAUGGAAGAAAUGUGAGGGUGUCUUGCCAAUUGAUGCAUGACCAUUUAGAAGAAUCGUAUGAAAGAAAUAAACGGCUGCAAAUGUCUCUCCCGAAACAGGAUUUUGUGAGGACUUUGUUGAUUGAUAAUUAUGACAGUUACACAUACAACAUAUACCAGGAGCUAUCUAUUAUUAACGGUGUCCCUCCUGUGGUGAUUCAAAAUGACGAUUGGACAUGGGAAGAACUUUGCUAUUACUUGUACAAAGAAAAUGCAUUUGAUAACAUUGUAAUAUCACCUGGACCUGGUUCUCCAGCAUGCCCAGAAGAUAUAGGCAUUUGUCUUCAGAUAUUGCUUAAAUGCAGGGAUAUUCCUGUUCUGGGUGUUUGCCUAGGACACCAGGCAUUGGGUUAUGUGCAUGGAGCUCAAAUUGUCCAUGCAUCUGAACCGGUUCAUGGGCGCCUGAGUGAAGUUGAGCACAAUGGAUGCCAGCUUUUUCAUGGCAUACCUUCUGGUAGAAAUUCUGGUUUCAAGGUGGUUCGAUAUCAUUCACUGGUGAUAGAUUCUGAAUCCCUUCCUGAAGUGCUCAUUCCAAUAGCAUGGACAUCCACAGGCACACUUCCGUUUAUUGGAUCCAAGGUUUCUGACAAGUACAAUAGUCGUGAAAUACAGAUUGAUCAAAGCAUUUUCGUUGAUCCAGUUUUACCUGAAGUAGGAGAUAGAAGUUCAAACAUUAUUGAUUAUGGGAAAACUAGAAAUGCAAAAGUUCUUAUGGGAGUCAAGCAUUCUACAAGGCCACACUAUGGUGUGCAGUUUCAUCCAGAGAGUGUUGCAACCUGCCAUGGAAGUCAAAUAUUCAAGAACUUUAGAGAGAUCACGGAUGAUUAUUGGCUGAGAUUUAGGUCAUCAUACAAGAAAGAAAAACGUGCUAAUUCUGAUGCACACAUGCAGGUUUCAAGUGCUAGUAGACUCUACAGAGACUUUAAUAGAAGUAUUAGUUCAGAUAAUAAUGCAGCGGAUCGGCCAAGAAAGGAAAAUCAUGGAGAUAAAGAUUUGGCACAUAAUAAUACUGACAUUAAGUGUAUGGAUAUGUUCAACAUGGUAAAUGCUCACCAUGCAAGCACUGGUUUUAAAUGUUUGAAGUUGAAAUGGAGGAAAUUUAGUCACUUGGCUGGCCAAGUUGGUGGAGCAAAAAGUAUAUUCUGUCAGUUGUUUGGACAUGAAGCUGAAAACACCUUUUGGUUGGAUAGUUCCUCCACAGAGAUGGGAAGAGCACGCUUUUCGUUCAUGGGAGGAAAAGGUGGAUCACUUUGGAAGCAGUUAAAGUUCAGAUUAUCUGAUCAGAGUGAUGGGUGUUCAAACGGUGGUGGCUAUUUAUCACUGGAAGAUUCUGAAGGUUCUGCCAAAACAAUAUUCUUGGAAGGAGGAUUUCUUGACUAUUUGAACAAGGAGCUUCAAUCAUAUCGUUAUGAUAAGGAUGAAUAUGAAGGUCUACCAUUCGAUUUUCACGGAGGAUAUGUUGGUUACAUCGGGUAUGACCUCAAAGUAGAAUGUGGUGUGACAUCUAACCGUCACAAAUCUAAAACUCCGGAUGCAUGUUUUUUCUUUGCUGAUAAUCUGGUAGCUAUUGAUCACAAAAAUGAUGAUGUUUAUUUGUUGGCUAUACAUGAAGAAAGUUCAAGUAUGACACAAUGGUUGGAUGGUACUGAGGAGAAGCUUCUGAGCUUAACUGGUUCUGUGAUGAUAGAUUUAGAAAGACAGUAUUUUCGUCCUUCAACAUUUUCCUCACGCAAUGCUGGUUUCACAGCUGAAAAAUCUAGAGAACAUUACAUUAGAGAUGUUAAGAAGUGUCUUAACUACAUUAGAGAUGGAGAGAGCUAUGAGUUGUGCCUCACAACCCAGAUAAGGAAACCAAUUGAGGCAUUAAAUUAUCUUGGAAUUUACCUGCAUUUGAGAGAAAGGAAUCCAGCACCGUAUGCUGCUUGGCUUAAUUUUUCAAAGGAAGAUCUGUGUAUUUGCUGUUCUUCCCCUGAGAGGUUCCUGCAGUUGGAUAGGAAUGAUAUGCUAGAAGCCAAGCCCAUUAAGGGUACUGUAGCUCGGGGUGCUACUGAAGAGGAAGAUGAGCAACUCAAAUUGAAAUUACAGCUCAGUGAAAAGGAUCAGGCUGAAAACCUUAUGAUUGUUGACCUUCUAAGGAAUGACCUUGGUCGUGUAUGUGAUCCUGGGUCUGUUCAUGUGCCGCAUCUCAUGGAUAUACAAUCAUAUGCAACUGUUCACACAAUGGUUAGUACAAUUCGUGGGAAAAAGAGGUCAGAUGUAAGUGCUGUAGACUGUGUCAAAGCUGCAUUUCCUGGUGGUUCAAUGACUGGUGCACCAAAGUUGAGAUCAAUGGAACUUCUUGAUUCUCUUGAAAGUUGUUCUCGAGGCAUCUACUCAGGCUGUAUUGGAUUUUUCUCAUAUAAUCAGACAUUUGAUCUAAAUAUUGUCAUAAGAACAGUUGUUAUACAUGAGGGUGAAGCUUCCAUAGGGGCUGGAGGGGCAAUUGUUGCUCUGUCAAACCCGGAAGACGAGUAUGAAGAGAUGAUCUUGAAAACAAAAGCACCAGUGAACACUGUUAUAGAUUUUGAAUAGCGAUCAAUAAGUCAAACAAUAGUUUUUUUCCUUUUGGCCCAAGGUUAGACAACAAGGAUUUGAUGCAUUGUGUACUACUAAUCAUUUUUUACAUUUUCACAAACAGGUUUACGAAUGGUCCUCUUGUUCCUGGAUCAGUUACGACAUAAGCUUUUUUGGGGUUAGGUUUUCUUUUCAACAGGAGGAUUAUUUUUAAGUUUAUAGUGUAAGCUUGAUUUGAUAAGUAAUAUAUUGAUAACAUUUAUACAUUUAUGCAUUAUGAACUUGGCUGUAAUUUAGGCUUGCUGGGUUAUGUUUCUGGUUUUUCUAUACUGUCAUUUGUGUUGAAUGAGAGUUCCCAAUAGUUUCAUUGUAUUUACUCAUUUCGUUGUGAAAUUGGUGACAUUUGUUCA